AUGGAUGAGUUAGACCAUAUGUAUGAUGACAUGCAGGACCGUCUCUUCGAAAUUGAUAAAAAUAGGAAGAAUAACUUGGUGUUCUACGGUGUAAAGGGAGAGGAGCUAGACCAAGAUGAAUGUGAACAACUAAUUAAGAACAUCAUGAAUACAUAUAUGCAGGUUACUCGAGAUAUUCCGCUGAUCAAAGUUUCAAGAAUCUGGAAUGGACCAAGCUUCAGAGGGUUUAAACCUAUCCAGGUAACCUUCCAAUUGUGGAAGGAUAAGGAGGAGAUAUUAAGAAAAAACAAUUUGCUGCAAAAAAGUUCAAACAUGUAUGUAACUGAAGAUUUUUCAAGGAAGGUUAGAAAACACAGAGAGGAGUUGAUCAAAUUUGCACGAGAUCUUCGAGCAGUGGAACCUUCAGGAAAUACAAAUUUUCAAAUUUUUAUAACAUAUUUCUCGCUUCAAUAA